AUGGUGGAUGCAGCAGCUGCUGAGCAGUUCCUGGAUGCAAACCCGGACUUUGCCAAGCAGUAUUAUGACACCAACUUCCGUCCCAAGGUCAUCGCAGAACUGCUGGAUGGUGGGCGGAAGACAGCCGUGGACGUUAGCCAGUAUCAUACCCUGACGACAGUGGAGGAGAGCGAGAUCAUGUUCGACCUGGUGCGGGACAUCCAAGACAAUCUGCAGAUGGAGAAGUCUGUGUUCAACCUGAUGAGACACCUCAGCUUCAUGAUUAGAGCUGACCGGAUGAGCCUUUUCAUGUACCGCCAGAGGAAUGGUGUGGCCGAACUGGCAACCAGGUUAUUUAAUGUCCAUAAAGAUGCCUCAUUGGAUGACUGCCUUGUGCCCCCGGACAGUGAGAUUGUGUAUCCACUGGACAUAGGCAUCGUAGGACACGUCGCCACCACCAAGAAGAUGGUCAAUGUUCCUAAUGUGGCCGAGAGCCCUUAUUACAGUGACUUUGUGGACACCCUGACAGAGUAUGAGACCAGGAACCUCCUCGCCAUCCCUAUCAUGAACGGUAAAGACAUGGUGGCUGUGAUGAUGGCCAUCAACAAAGUGGAUGGACCGCACUUUGACGCCAAAGACGAGGAGACCCUAAACAAGUACUUCAACUUUGCCAACUUGGUUCUGAGGGUCUUCCACCUGAGCUACCUCCACAACUGUGAGACCAGGAGAGGACAGGUGCUGCUGUGGUCUGCCAGCAAGGUGUUUGAGGAGCUGACAGACAUAGAGAGACAGUUCCACAAGGCGCUGUACACAGUCCGAGCUUUCCUCAACUGUGACCGCUACUCUGUGGGCCUUCUGGAUAUGACCAAAACCAAGGAAUUCUUUGAUCUGUGGCCUGUUCUGAUGGGAGAGGUUCCACCGUACGAAGGUCCAAGGACUCCUGAUGGCAGGGAAGUUAUCUUCUACAAAGUGAUUGACUACAUUCUUCAUGGCAAAGAGGAGAUCAAAGUCAUACCGAAUCCUCCAGCAGACCACUGGGCCCUGGCCAGCGGCCUGCCAACCUAUGUAGCAGAGAACGGACUGAUUUGUAACAUAAUGAACACAGCGGAGGAUGAAUUCUUUGAAUUCCAGAAAGAACCCCUGGACGACUCCGGCUGGACCAUUAAGAAUGUCCUCUCUCUGCCAAUUGUCAAUAAGAAAGAGGAGAUAGUGGGCGUGGCCACAUUCUAUAACAGGAAAGAUGGGAAACCCUUUGAUGAAAUGGACGAAACUCUGAUGGAGUCCCUGACACAGUUCCUGGGCUGGUCAGUGCUCAACCCUGACACCUAUGACAAGAUGAACAAGCUGGAGAACAGAAAGGACAUCUUCCAAGAUAUGGUGCUCUACCAUGUCAAGUGUCGUAAGGACGAAAUCCAGAACGUACUGAACACUAGAGAGAGAUGGGAUAAAGAGCCAGACGAAUGCGAGGAGGAAGACCUUCAAGAGAUUUUGUCUGAGGUUCUGCCAAACUCAAAGAAGGUGGAGCUCUUUGAGUUCCACUUCUACGACUUUGCACACAGUGAACUCGAUCUGGUCAAGUGUGGCAUUAAGAUGUACUACGAACUUAAAGUGGUCGACAAAUUCCACAUUCCCAGAGAGGUCCUGGUAAGGUUCAUAUAUUCACUGAGUAAGGGCUAUCGCAAGAUCACCUACCACAACUGGAGACACGGUUUCAACGUCGGACAGACCAUGUUCACUCUACUAAUGACUGGCGACCUGAAGCGCUACUAUACAGACCUGGAGUGUAUGGCCAUGGUGACUGCUGGCCUCUGCCACGAUAUCGAUCACCGAGGAACCAACAACCUCUACCAGAUGAAGUCUGGAAACCCUCUGGCAAAGCUUCACGGCUCCUCCAUCUUGGAGAGACACCAUCUGGAGUUUGGCAAGACUCUGCUGAGAGAUGAAUCAUUGAACAUCUACCAGAAUCUCAACCGCCGUCAGCAUGACACCGUCAUCCACCUCAUGGAUAUUGCCAUCAUCGCCACUGACCUAGCUCUCUACUUCAAAAAAAGGACUAUGUUCCAGAAGAUCGUGGACCAGUCCAAGACCUAUGAGAACUGGAAUGACUGGACCAAAUAUAUGAUGCUGGAGACCACACGCAAAGAGAUUGUCAUGGCCAUGAUGAUGACGGCGUGCGAUCUGUCUGCUAUUGCCAAACCGUGGGAGAUCCAGAGCAAGGUGGCUCUGUCCGUGGCUGCAGAGUUCUGGGAGCAGGGAGACCUGGAGAGAACAGUGCUGGAGCAGCAGCCCAUUCCUAUGAUGGACAGAAACAAGGCAGCAGAUUUGCCCAAGCUCCAGUGUGGUUUCAUCGACUUCGUCUGCGCUUUCGUCUACAAGGAGUUCAGUCGCUUCCACGUGGAGAUCACUCCCAUGCUGGAUCGGCUGUUAAACAACAGGAAGGAGUGGAAUGCCCUGAAAGAGGAGCAUGAAGCCAAGUUGGCUGCCAUAGAGGAGGCCAAGAAAGCCAAGGAGGAAGCCGCCCAGAAUGCAGCAGGUGCAAAGCAAGGUAAUUCUUCAGCCAAAAGUUCACAGUCUAAGACCUGUGUCGUCAGCUAG